AUGUCUACAGACAAGGGUACUGAAAUAAAAGCCAUCGAGAUCGAUAAAAGCAAACGUCGUCAUAAAACUGACGACACUAUUAUUGCGACAGCAGUAACAACCGCUGUUGGAGAUACACUGCAAUUGGCGAAGAUGGAAAACGCGGAUGAAAGCGCAGACAAGCCCACGGAUUUGUGUCUUCAAGGCAACACUCACCUGAUUUCUAGUACAACGAGUAGUUUGGCCGAUACGCCCGGUGAUUCUGGUGUUUUGUGUUUAGAUAGUGAAGCCUCAGAGGCUACAAGCCAAGCGCUCAUGUCGCACAGUCUCAUAGGAGCCGAAGAAUUAGCUUGUGAUAGUUUAUAUGACGCUCCUCCGUCGGGUUCUCAGGAUAUGAUAAAAAGUACCACCAGUAGCAUAAUGACUCGCAGCGAUAUUGAUAAUCAAAACAUUGGUGCGCCUGAUGACAUUGUCCCAGAACUGUUAAUUGAAGCACAUAAAAAACCAAUUCCUUAUGAAAACUUGCCAGAUUUAGUUUUGAAAGCAUUAGAAAGUGAAAAAGAUCUGGAGGAAAAGAGAAAGCCUGCAUUGAGAAGUGAACCAAAAAAAUCUCUAUCUGAAGACAUUGUGUACAGACGGAGAUGUAGGAAAAAAUCACAAAGUGGACCGAGUUCUCAGAAAAAGAGAGUUUCAUUCCAUGAAGAUAUAUUAAACAACACUAAAACAGAUAAUAUUCAUAUAGAACGAGGUUUUGUAUCAUAUGGCCCUGAUAGUCCAUAUUGUGAUAGGUUCAAACAGAAAAAUAAUAUGACUGAUAGGUUUUCAUGGUGUGCCUCUGGUGAUCGGACACCUAAGUAUGCAGCAGAUGUAGUUCAACAAACCAUGUCCGAUAUUCUUACCUAUGGUGAUUCUGAGCAGGAUAGAAGUGGUAUAUUUGAAUAUUGUCAAGAUUAUAAAAGACAGAACCAAGAUAUUAAUAAUGAUAAAGAUAAUAACAAUGAACCCAGGCCAACUGGAAAACUGUAUGGAUGUGACUCUAAUAGCUCAGAUUCCAAUUUCAGUUGUGACUCAGAAACUUCUUCUAGUGACUCAUCAUCUUCACAUUCAAAUAAAACUGAAACAUCACUGAUGCAGAGGAAAUGUGAUAAGGCUCAGAAAUCUUAUUCCUGUGAUGCAUUUGGAAAUAAUGGGCAUGUUGCAUUUAUGAGAAAGACAUACUUCUCUGAAGCUGAUAUUGAUCAGUCACCAGAUAGGAUGCAAAAACCUUUAGAAGUUGGGACUCAAAGCCCAAAUGCUGUUAAAUCUGUAUUAAAAAAGAAACGCUACAUCACUACUAAUAUUGUUGAGGAAAGAAAACAUCAUAGCAAAGUACUAAGUCUACUUGAUGCUAACAACAUCCUAGAUUCUUUGAAGAACUUCUAUAAAAAUUUUAAUUUCAAUUUUACUGCAGAAAAAGGUUUGCCAGAAAAUAGUUUGGAGUUAAAUAAUGUUGUUGAAGCACUACCGUGUGAUGUGAACCAAAACAAAAAACUAUCGAAAAGUUUAGACUCGGGCUUCCAAGUGGAAGAUGAAGAUGAUUUUGUAGAAAUCAACCUGAAUGGCCAACCAUUAGAGGCUGAAAAGACCAAGGAAAUGGCACAGACAUCUAAAACUAAUGUUACAGGAGAUAGAACACCAAAUGAAGGAUCUCCAAGACACAAACUCACAUUAAACAUGAAAGCACAACUUGACAAGAAACCUAACAAAGCUGAGCUACCACCUCUUACUAAAUAUGUAGUAAACUGUGAAAGUACAGUAUAUGAACACAAAGGAGUAUCUUACAGUUAUGUUCAUGAUACAUUCCAAACGGCUUUUGAAGCACCUAGAGAGACGUUUGUACCCAUUCCCGAGGCUACCCCAGUGAAGGAACUAGUUACGAGUUCAAGUAAACUAGACCUCAAUAAGACUACUGAUACUGACUCAUCAAGUAAAACUUCAACCCCAAAGAGACAAUUCAACAAAAAUGUGCAAGAUGAAACUGAACAAAAAAAUGGUAUACCAAAACAUUUGUCUUCACCUAAAAAGCAAAAUGUAAAUCGAUACAGUCGUAAACUGGCGCCAGGCGUGCAAAAAUCAAAUGAAGUACCUGCGCAAGCAAACAGCGACAAUUGCUCAAACACAGAUAAUUCGACAUUGAAAGGGGCCGAAGAUUUCAAUGACGAAUUUUUCGACAGUCCGGCGAAUCAGAAACUACAAUCUAAUAAGUCGGCGCUAUUGAAUAGAUAUUUGAAAAAUGUGUGCCAGAGAAAAGACCUUGAACUCAAAAUAAAGAACAACAAGUUCUUUCAAUUUAAACUUCGAAUGGAGAAACAUUUUCCCAGCAUCAUAAUUCCAUUUAAAGAGGUUUCGGACACAUUUCACGUGUCGGCGGAUCGAAUGUCACGGCUCAUUGACAAAGAAGUGAUAGAGAACAAAAGGCUAUCGGUACGAAUGCUCACGGCCGACGAGCCCUCAUACUUUGACAGUUUCGAAGAUAAUGUCGCUAUUGAAUGUAAUGAAAAAUUACGGUUGCAAAUUUUUUCAUAUCCCAAUGAAACAUUGAAUAGGAUGAUGAAAGUCAAGUCUCCAUAUAAUAUGGACGAUGGUUCAUGGACGCCUUUAUUGGUGUUCAUCACUGAUUACGCAUUGUACGUUGCAAGCGUAAAGCCGGGUGGUACAGAAUACGAUAUCCUCUGCAGAUUGCCUCAUAAUGAACUUGAUGCGAUAGUGGUUGGUCCCGAAGCGCAAUAUAUUCAGGUUUUGGACAUCGCUGGGAACAUCGCCUGUUCUAUAAUAACUGGUGAAUCUACACUUGGAGCCCGGCUGGCUUCGUCACUCGAAUGGAGUGCGCGGACUUCGCCAUUGCGGAUUCAGCGGCCACCUGCAAUGAUACCGCUUGGGUGUCGAGAGGUAGCAGCGGCUGUUGCUAGACAACGGCAUGAGAGCAGAACACCGCAUAUCCUGUUCUAUGGUCAAGUUUGUUCUGGUGAUGCGGGUGACAGACUGAUAGAAACGCAUGGGGCGUUUGCGGCCCCUCUUGAGGGUUACCUCAUGUGUAGAACCGACAGGAGCCGACGAUUUGAACCCAGCUAUUUUCUCCUCAGGGCUGGAGUACUUCACUGGGGCCCCCACUCUCCAGACGGAACGUCACCGCUACCUAACAACAUACCUCUACGUUCAGUAGUUGGAGUAAGAAGACAUCUUGACUCUUCUCGUAGGCCGCAUUGUUUCGAGAUAGCACUGGGCGACAACAGCAGGCUGCUGUUAGCAGCACCUGACGACGCGACUGCAUCUUCUUGGCUACAGUCAUUAUUAUUGCAUGCUGCUCAGGCUUUAGAAGAAAAGGACGGCGCCAAGAAGUCGAACGUGCGCAAAGGCCCGCCGCCCGCGUGCACGGUGCUGGUGACGCCGAACGAAGUGAUCAGCGUUCGCGACACGCUCGACCUCGCCUUCGUCACGGGCGCGGCCGCCUACCUUAAGGACAGAGGUUCCGAUGCUUUGCUCAAAGAAUAUUUAGAGGAAAUGAGGACAGAUGUCGAGAUAUUGGCCUGCGGUUCUAUCAAGAAUUUAACCGCGUUCAAAAUUCCUGACACUGAUGAGAAUUGGUGUUGUUUGGAGUGGAGCGUGUGCGAGGCGCGCGAGCGCGGCGCGGGGCUGGCGCUGGUGCUGACGAGCAGCGUGGAGCUGGAGAGGUUCAUCGCCGCCGUGGAGCAGGCCUUCUGCGUGCUCACGAGCGAGCCUUUCCCUCUAAGCGUGGUGGAGGCGGCGAAGUCAGCAUGCAGCUCAGUACAUGCCAAGUAUGAAGCCGCCUGGUCACAUAUGUUGCCUCAGCAGUAG